AUGCCCACUUCCUCUUCCUCCACCACCCCUUCCUCCGUGACCUCUACCACCACCUCCCAAUGCCUUGUUGACAUUAGAUUUUAUUUGCAUGUUUUCUGGCAAGGGAAGAAUGUGAUCCAUGCACUUCCUGAAGCUGAAAUCAACAGUUUCAUCAUUCCUUACAAGGAAGAAGCAGCGGCUUUUCCACUAUGGAUGGUAACGGACUUGGAAAGCAAGGAUCCCUUCGCCAAUAUUUUUCUCCAGCUGCAGAUGGCCUUUUUUGGGCAAUUUCUUGCAACACUGUGUGCUCAUACUGCAAGCACCAAAUGUGGAAAACAAAGUUCAAGUAAAACACAAAGUUCUAAUAUCAGUUUACGGAGAAACGUAAUGGAUAAGAGUUGGAUGUAUCAAUCUCGGUUGACCAAUGAAUGGGUGAUGCGAUCUAAGGCAGUAGACCAUCUAGUAUGUGACGGUUUUAUCAAGGGUUACACAAAAUGGAUAGCUCAUGGAGAAGCUUUGUCAUCUACUACAACUGCUCCGAUUCCCACUAAUUCUGGUAAUGCCUUGGGCACAAAUAAUAGCAUGCGUGAGAUGUUACAUGAUACAUUCGGGAUCUCAAAUAGAGAUGAUGGCAUGGAUGACAUGCCAAAUAAUGUAGAGUUGUCGAAUGCAGAUGCUAAAAAAUUCUAUAAGUUGCUAAGUGAUGCCCAAAAACCUUUGUACCCUGGGUGUAAAGAGUUUUCAAAGCUUUCAUUGCUUGUUGAACUAUUUCACAAUAAGUGCCUUGGAAAAUGGACUAACGACUCAUUUACCAAGCUACUUCGGACGUUCAACAGGGCACUUCCAGAGGGUGAGAAAUUGCCCAACUCAUAUUAUGAAAGGUACAAAACUGUUGACAAUCAUGAAGGAGCAGAAGGAACCUCAGCAAAAAAGUGUAAAAAGGUCCCCAGAAAGGUUUUACGCCAUUUUCCGUUGAUACCAAGGCUACAAAGGUUGUUCAUGUCGUCAAAGAUUGCAUCUUUUAUGAAGUGGCAUGAUGAGGGUCGGACCAAAGAUGGUUGCAUGCGUCAUCCUGCCGAUUCCCCUGCUUGGCAGACUUUUGACUUCCAACAUAAGGAAUUUGCUACAGAUUCACGUAAUGUUAGACUUGGAUUAGCGUCAAAUGGAUUUAAUCCUUUUGGGAUGAUGAGUAAUGUGCAUAGUACAUGGCCUGUCAUCUUGAUGCCAUACAACCUGCCACCUUGGAUGUGUAUGAAACAACCGUACUUUAUAAUGUCGUUGCUUAUACCCGGUCGUUCAGCACCUGAAAAUAACAUUGAUGUUUAUUUGCAACCAUUGAUAGAGGAGCUGAAAGAGUUAUGGGGGGUCGAAGUAGAUACAUUUGAUGCUUCAACCAAUCAAAAUUUUAAGAUGCACGCUGCCUUAAUGUGGACUAUCAAUGAUUUUCCUGCAUAUGCAAAUUUGUCUGGGUGGAGCACUAAAGGGCGUCUUGCAUGUCCAUCAUGCCAUAAAGACACAUGUUCUUCUUGGUUGAAGUAUAGUGGGAAGCACAUCUACAUGGACCAUCGACGAUUCUUGGAGGAUAGCCAUAUGAUUAGACAAGAUAAGAGGUCAUUUAAUGGAAAGGAAGAACGUCGGAAGGGACCUUGUCGCUUAACUGGGUCUAUGAUACAAGAUCAGCUAAAAGGCGUUCAAUUUAAGUUUGGAAAGCUAGUUAAGGAUAAUCCUAAGUUGCCAUUCAACUGGAAGAAGCCUAGCAUAUUUUUCGAAUUACCUUAUUGGAAAGAUAAUUUAUUGCGACACAAUCUAGAUGUGAUGCAUAUAGAAAAAAAUGUUUGCGAUAGAUCAUUGGAAGGCACGUCAAGAUUUAAAAGAUAUGGGCUUUAG